AUGGCCGACAUUGCAACCCUUACAUUGAGUGAAACCACCCAAGCUAAUGGGAACUCACACACGGAGGGCACAAUCCAUGCAACUGGAGAUUGCCAGACCAGCGGAGGCCUCGAGGAGGCCUUCGUCGACCGCGUAGCAAUUUCCGCCAACACACCCGAGCUCGUUCCUGGCCUGGUUGAUCAGAUUGCUUCCCUUGGCAAAGUCGCCAGCCUGCAAGACAACACCGAUCGAACAACCCUUUUGGAAGCCGCUCGAUCCCUGGUCUACGCACUUGAGACCCCACGUGAGGCUAUGAUCAGAUACUGUUGGUCUCAGUCUACCCUUUACGCUUCUUUGGAAACAGGUGUUGAUCUGGGCCUUUUUGCUAUCUUGUCCAAGGAUGACAAGCCCAAGUCUGCUGCCGAGUUGGCCAAGGCCACCGGUGCUGACCCAGUUCUUCUUGCUCGCAUUCUGAAGCACUUGUGCGCAAUGGGAGUUAUCCUCGAGACUGGUCCUAAUGAAUACCGCCGAACCGGAGUUUCAAUCUCGCUAAGCUUGCAACGAUACAAUGAUGCAUACCCUUGCAUGACUAAUUGCAUCACCGCCGGUGUGCUUGCUCUACCUGCCCAGCUCAAAAAGGACGGCUAUACCAACCCAUCAAACGGCAAGGAUUGCGCUUUCCAGCGCGGAUUCCGAACCGAUCUCCACUUCUUCGACUUUAUGAAGGAGAACCUAGAUGCCGCUAGCCAGUUUAACAAUCACAUGUCUGCCUACCACCAAGGCCGUCCUAGCUGGAUGGAUGUCGGUUUCUUCGACGUGCCCAGCCUGUUCCCCGAUGUCACACAGGACGAUGUUCUCCUCGUCGAUGUCGGCGGCAGUUUAGGCCACGAUAUUUCGGAGUUUAAGCGCAAGUGGCCUGAUGCUCCUGGGCGUCUGGUGAUCCAGGAUCUUCCCGAUGUGGUCGCUCAAGCCAAGUCAGGACAGCUAGAUCCGUCGAUCGAGACAUUAGAGCAUGACUUCUUCAAUGAGCAGCCUAUCAAGGGUGCUCGCGCCUACUAUAUGCACUCUGUCCUGCACGACUGGUCAGACGAUAACUGCCGCAAGAUCUUGAAGGGUCUCGUGAAUGCCAUGAAGCGCGGACACAGCAAGGUUCUGAUUAACGAGAAUGUCAUCCCUGAUACCAACGCGUACUGGGAGACAACCAUGAAUAUCAUAAAGCAAAAUGACCUCCCUCAACUCCGUCGAUUCAUCGCCUCAUGCAAUCCCGAGGAUGUGAUCGCCCCUGGGACACCCUACUUAGAGGACACAUUGUUCAAUGCAGCCUCGUACGGCAGUCCCGAGGCUCUUCAAAUUCUCUUGGAUGUGUAUACUACGGCCCCGGAAGUUGUCAAGAGGUUCAACCCCAAGUUCCGUCUGCUGCUCGACGCAUGUGGCGCGGCAAAUAUUGAUGUAGUGCGCUUUAUCUUGGACAGUCCAGAAAAUCAGUUACCUCUCGGGACGGUGGAUUUACAUCAGCGAGAUGAUUCCGGAGAUACGCCGAUCCUCGUGGCUGCGGGUUCGCUGAUGUAUCUUGAUAAAGACCCAGAUGAAGUAGAAGAUGAGGGUCUUCAUUGGGCUGAGUGGAUUCGGGAUCGGAUUGCGCGGGGCCAUGAGUUGAUUCAUCUUCUUCUCGACCGAGGCUGUUCAGCGACAGAUGUUAUUCCUCCCUUGCCAAAUGAUAUCCCUCCCUGGGGAAGUCAGGUGCAAGAUAGUGUGCUUGGGCUUGCUAUGUCGAGGGCUAAUGGGCCGUUAAUUCAACGGCUCAUUGACUCCGGUGCCGAUAUCUACCUUAAGCAUCAACACUUCCAUCAUGCCAGGGCACCGUUCCAGUUCAGGACCGCAAAGGGUCACGCGUAUGAUGUCACAACGCUCCAUCUAGCAAGUCUAUUCUACAAUGCUGAUGUUGUUGUUAACUUGCUCUUGGAUCAUCAACAUUACCAGAACAAUACCAACCCUGACCUGGCUUCCUCCUGUGAUAGUGAUGGGCGACUCCCACUACCCUGGGCAGCUAGCGGUCCUGGAGGUUUUUACUGUAGACUCCUAUAUAAGCAGCUCGGAAUCACAGAGAUCCUUCGACUGCUCCUCGACCAUGAUUCUAUUCGUAUCAACCUUAUUGACAACGCUAGAUCCACGCCGCUACACUAUGCUGCUAUAAGCCACGCUAUGUGCCAGCACGUUGAGUCUACUAUCCGCACUUUACUCAAAUACAGGGCUGACCUCCGGAUCCCCGGCAGCUCUGGCUGUACCAUCCUACAUCUAUUAGGAUACCACUCCCAUCAAGGUGACCCUAUCAAGACCACCCUCCUCGAUUUGCUCCUAUCACACGGUGUCAAUAUCAAUCGUGCCGAGAACAAGGGAAAGACGGAAUUGCACGUCUUUGCCCAGAAUUUGCGGCAGGUCUCGGCGGCAAGGUUCGUAAUUGAGCACCAGGCGGAUUUCCGCGCUCGGAAUGCUUUCCAGGAGACGCCCUUUCAUGCCGCAGCGCGGGGGUUUUUGAAUGAUCAUAUACGAUGUGAUGGGAGGGAUAAGGAAGUGACAACUGCGAAUAAGAUCAGGCUUCAGGAUGAGAUAAUGCGUGUUCUGAAGGAGGCUGCUGGGGAGGAAACUGCUAUGUUGAUGGGUCAACCAAAUGCGGAGGGUAAAACUCCGCAGGAUUUACUGGAGGAGACCAGAAAUCGGUGGCAGGGGACGGAGCAGCGCAUACCAGGUCCUGGAAGAGGCAGAGGCAGAGGCAGAGGCAGAGGUAGAGGGCUGCCAGUAGGAGCAUAA